UGGAGCUCGGAUCUUCCGCGUUGACUUGUCGCCAUCUAGUGGCAGUGAAAGCAAACGACAAUAAUAACGUCAGCGUCAAAGUGGACGCACAACGUCAUGACGCAAUUUCAUCCAAAUUUGCGCGGGUUUGCUGUUGAUAUUAGGAGACUGUCAUCCAACGGUUGUCGUCUUGCAACAUUAAAAAUAAAAAGUUAGUCUGGGAAAUCUUAACGUCCCUUACCACUGCUUGGAGAACCGAUAACAUGUCCAAGCGAGAGGCUUUUUUAGAGGCUGCCUGUCAUGAAAAUGUGGAAGACUUCCUUCGCUUUAUCCAGCUUCAUAAGAACAAAACGGAGCCUUUUGAUGUGGAGGAGGUAGUGCAGGAGAUGCCCAGAGACCAGAGGCAGACUCUUUGGGGAAAACUCGCUUCACUCCUUCAGGAUGUCCUGCUGGAGUUGCCCCCGGAGCGCUGGGUGCAGGGCAGGGAUGAGGGCAUGGAAGUGGAGUCGGCUGCAGACCCUAAACAUGUAAUGGCUGUUGUGGAUGGUGUGACACUAGUAGCUGCUGUGUCCUUAAAGGUCCUACAAGACGAUGUUCUAGUGUUGCUGCCUGUCUCAGAGGCACCCCUGCAGCUCCAUAUCCACACACUGUGCGAGGCCUGGUGGAAGAAGGGGCUGAAGGAGAAAGAACAAUUUGGUCGCACUGCUUUCUUCAUCUCGCUGCAGAAGAGCUUCAUUUUGAAGAAACCAGGUGUUGCAAUCCAAAGAGUCUGGAAUCUACAUGAUGUGCUUUGGAGUCUGGACUACACAUCAGAAGACAACAAGCAGAUAAUCGAUUUGUUGAUUCAGUGCUUUCACCGUCCUAUUUACAUUAGAAACGAUGAUGGCAAGCGAUUCCUGGUGUUUCUUUUCAGCUGGAAUGUCAACUUCAUUUGGGUUAUUCAUGGCACCAUCAAAAACCAGCUGCAGUUUUAUAGCAAGACCAUGACCACUCAUAUUACGGAGAUCUACUUCAGAGCUUGGAAUAAGGCCAGUGGGGACUUUCUGGAGAAUAUUGAGAACUCAUGCAUUCAGGAUUUCAUGCAGAAUGCGAUCUUCCUUCAUAGAACAUCUCCAGUUCAUGCCAAAGUCCGACAGAUCGUAAGCUAUUUCCACUCAAGGAAGGGCUGUAGCAAGGUGGACAAGAUGCUCUGCAAUCUCUACAAGCCCAUUCUCUGGAAAGCUUUAAGUGCUCCAAACUUUGAGGUGCGUGCAAAUGCCACUUUACUUUUUACUGAGGCCUUCCCAGUCCAUGACCCGGAGCAGAACAACAAGAAUAUAGACGAGGUCAUUCAAAAGCAGCUGGACACAGUGAUGGGCCUCCUUGAUGACCCUCAUCCCACUGUACGCUCAAAUGCUACCCUGGGAGUGUGUAAGAUCCUGGCCAAGUGCUGGGAGCUCCUCCCUAGUACCAUCAUCACAGACUUCCUGAAGAAGCUGGUGAUGGAGCUGGCGGCUGACAACAGCUCCCCUGAUGUCCGGUGCUCAGUCUUCAAGUGUCUGACUAUUGUCUUGGACAACACUCUCAGCCAUCCAAUAUUGGAAAAACUCCUGCCUACUCUCAAAUACAGCCUUCACGACAACUCAGAGAAAGUCCGCACAGCUUUCCUUGACAUGCUUAUUAAAGUCAAGGCAGUGCGUGCUGCCAAGUUUUGGGACGUGUGCAACAUGGACCACCUGCUGGCCCGUCUGGCUAUCGAUUCUCAUCCGGUUUCCAAGCGCAUUGUCGAUCUGCUCUUCAAGUCCUUCUUCCCCGUCAACGAAUCCGAAAGGGAGUGGUGCUGUCGGUGCAUCACCCUCAUCCAGAUGAACCCCAUGGCUGCCAGGAAGUUCUACCAGCAUGCCCACAAACACACAGCCCCGACUAACAUAAUAAAGCUGAUGUUGGCCAUUCGCCGUGUUCUGAACAGCGGUAUCCAGACUGAUACUGACCUGUCCCAGAUUAAUGACAGCAACAAGGAGAACAGUGCACAGGCUGAACCUCUCUUUGGGAAAGACUUGGCCGUCGUGUCUAGUCUGCUGGAGGUCGUGGCCAUCCUGUGGAGAAGUGUCGAGAAGGCCCUGAAACAAAAUGAAGAGGCCCAGAAGUACACUUUUGCCAAGUUUGGAAAUGUCAUGGCCAAGUAUUUCCAGGCCUUUGAGGAUGAGCGGUGUACUGUUCCUCUCAUACAACUGGCCUCAUUUAUGCCCCCAGCUGCCGUUCCAACAUUCAGCUGUGGCAUCCUGUCCAGACUGAGGAGGAUGGACUCAGGAGCUGUGCCAACACAGUACAGCCAGCUGUUAGACUGCAUGUGCUGCUGGGGCCAGGCUGCUGACAUCCUCGAACUCGUCACUGACUGGCUAACUGAGGCUCUGCCCAAGCAAGGAGACAAGGCGAACACCAAUCGAAAAGUGCGUAUCCAGGAGACUGUGGAGGCCAAACCAGAGCUGGCACUGGCUUACCUUGAGUACCUGUUCAGCAACACUUCAACACGGGAGAAAGUCCUGGCUCUUGGUCAGAAACCUCUGAAGCAGCUCCAUACAGUUCUAGGAAACUGGAGGUUGGUCCUGUACACUCACCUCAGCUCCCCGACAGAAGACCCUAAAAGUCCCAGUAUGGAGACUGCGCUGAAAGUCUUCACAUACCACGGCCGUCUCGGUGCACAUCUGCAACAUAAUUCUUCUGAGGGUCGAGAGUACAUGCUCUCUCUGGAACAUGUGGCAGCGUGGGUAGCCGAGAGGGUGUUGCCCUUCCUGGCUAAACGUACCACCGAUGAGGAUGAUGAGUCGGAGAAGUCACAACCACUGGCUGCACAGAUAACUGAGAGUUUCCUGAUGGUGUGCCGAGACGUAUUACUUGUGGGUUUGGGCGAUGAGACAUUCAAGGGUCAAAUCCUCCACUUGUGCUCGCUCACCCUCCUCUCCGAGGCAGGCUACCUGUGUAUUCCUGCAGUGCUCCCGAUUCUAAAGGAGGUGACAGACAGCUAUGGACCUGAGGAUGAGGAUAACGAUAACAACCACGCUCAGGAAAAUGAGGAAGAUGCAACCACUGUCAUUCUGGGUGUGGUGGGCAACAUCUUUCAGAAGAUUAUAGAGCUCUUGGCUCGCCGUCUUAGGAAGGAACCAGAGGAGGGAAAACGGCUGUGUCAGUCAGCCAUUCCAGGCCUGACAGACUUCCUCCAAGUGGCAGUGACCUGGGACAAAGCACCUCUCAGGGGGGUCUUCUCUACUCUUUUUGCUGUCAUCAUUGUGGAGAAGAGACAUUUGCUUCAGAAGAUCACCCAUCCUGAAGAGGUGAUCACCCCAGAGUCAGUGGAGGACAUGCCUCCUCUGUCCAGCAUCCUACUGUCUGUCAUCCUCAAAUUACCCUCUCUUUCCAGGGCAUUUUUGACAGAAGUCUGCUCCUCUUUCGACUCUGAGGCCAUCAGCAGUCUGAGUGAACUAGCUUCUGUUCUGCACGUCUUAGCGGUCAUCAGACACACAGGGCACUCUAAAGCCAGUUUGAAGAGUGCGGCCAUAUGUGUUCAGCAGCAGCUUUACAAACAUGCAGUCGCAUCUGACACCGGAGACAUCCAGGGGGUAAUUUAUGAAUCUUCAUUGAAGACUUUGAAUGAAAUUCUGGAUUUAUAAAUUGAUAUGUUUGAUGUGUAAUAGCUACACAUUUGUAUUUUAUGAAGCUAAGGAGAGCAGUAUAAUACCAGCUUUGCUGUAAGUAUGACAGACAAAAAAAUGACAUGACCCAUUUCAACUUCACUGACCGGUUUUGAAAAAAAAAAAUAAUAAUAAUAAUAAUAAAAAAUAAAUAAAUAAAUGGUUUGAAUUGAAAUCCAAAGCUGAGCACAAAUGCCCCUCUGAUGUUUUUCCAGAUUGGCUCCACUCUCUUUUAUUUAUUUCUUCAUGAUGGCACACAUUGCUCAAGGCUUUGUGUAUUGAUAUUGUUAUUAUUAACAUCACCACUGCAGAAAUAUGGAUCCAUAGACUGAGUGGUAUUCUUCUUUAAAGUUUUCUUUUCACAGCUCUGCUUUUCACUAUUUUUAAAUGAAAUACAUAUAUAUUUUUUUGCUAUUUGUGUUUAUGAAUGUGUUGAUCUGUCAGUAUGCCAGAUGUACCAUGCUUUUAAUAAGAAUAAAACAAACUUAUCAAUCAACUUAAAUUUAAUGUUUUUUCCUUUUUGACACUACAGCGGUCUGGCAAGUAAUAACUGUUCAAACAAUCAAAAAUCAUCCUCUUCACUUUCUUUAUCUUUCUAAGGGAAAGGCAUUCAUUUCAAGAAUUUGCAUACUGUUUUGCUUUAGUCAGUACUUGUGAUUGUGCUUCCCAGGGAAACCAGUUCAAAGGUUUUAAAAAGAACUGCAAGGUAACAUUUCAUCAUUCUGGAGCAAAAAAAUUACAUUUUGAUUGUUCAUUCCUCUUUGAAUCAUAUAUUUUGGAUUAAUUGCUAGUGCCCUUUUAAGAGACAGCUUUUACUAC